AUGUCGGCCCACCGCUUUGUCUCACGCGGGGUGCUCACGCGCCGUCUCGUGUCAGGUUGUAGACUGGGGCCCGGCGCUGUAGCGGCUCCACGAGCAACCGGUUUGGCCUCACCCAUGACAGGGGCUAUUCGUUGUUUCAGCUGGAACCCAGCGAGUUGGAUGAAUACCGACACAAUAGGGCGCAAAUCUCAUCAGGAAAUCGAAGAAGAAUUACCAGAAGUGUUCGCUCAGCAGCCGAUGGAGGUGGACGAUUUCAUUCGUCCUGAGAAGAGCGUCUUUGAGCGGCUAGAGGACUUUUGGGAUUGGAUUGUGGGAUUUCUGCAGCCAGUUGAGAAGCAAGUGGAGAUCAUGCGGCACCUUCGGAACGAAGGCGUAUUCGGUUUUGACUUUGGGGGUUGGGGGAACGUAUUCUUCUUUUAUGGUAUCUUCAUGCGACUGUGUACGCUUGUCCCGUCGUUGCUAAGUCAUCGCAAUGCCCUCCGCCUAAGUCACAUUAACCCUCAGCUAUCGGAGAUCGCUACUUGCCAGAACCGCGCCAAGAGCGACCGCUCACUUAGCACGGCGGAGAAACGUGUCAUUAAGGAGGGGUACAAUCGCAUGAAGUACGCUCUGAUGAAAAAGCAUCACUGCGCACAAUGGAAGAACUUUUUGUCGAUGAUAACUGCUCCUGUGACUCUCUCUGCUUUUAUCUCUGUCCGUCGCCUGGCUGUGUACGAGACGGACCUCGAGAGAGCACCAUUUCUUUGGAUUGUUGACUUGACGAUGCCUGACCCCACGUACGGACUUCCCAUGAUAUGUGCAGGCAUGUUCUUAAUGAAUUUCGAACUGAACCAAAUGAUGCAGCGCGGCGGCCGCAGUUCAACCGGCCUAUACGUUCGCUGGGGCAUGCGCGUAGGUUCGGUCAUUGGUGUUUAUUUCUUCUCUUCGCAGCCUGCUGCUAUGUUUGCCUAUUGGAUUGGCCUUUCGACAGCUGGUUUGCUUCAGCCGCUGCUGCUCCGUUGGCAGCCGUUCCGUGACUUCUUUAAGCUUCCUGAUCCGCCAGCGGUGGCGAGGGCGCACAUCAUUGUGGAUGUGCCUGGUGCCUCCCUAAUGGAAAGGUUAUUUGCCUCAAAGGAAGAAAGAAAGAGACGAGAAGCAAAGCGGCAGGCCCUUCGGGAGGAGCGCCAAAAGAGGAAGUUUGAUAAGAUUGAGAAUUACGAUGAUGUUGUAUUUGAGGAAGAGACGAAUCACCCAAGGGGGAGAAAGGUGAAAGACUAA